AUGGCACACAUGCCUGGGCAAGGCCCUGGACAGAAGCCUUCAGAACUGAGGAUAGUCCUUCUUGGGGGGAGAAAUGCUGGAAAAAGCUGUGUGGGAAACACAAUCCUCUGUGCAGAGGAGUUUGUCACGCAAGAGAGAACAACCUGUCUCAGGAGACACGCUGAGAUAUUCGGCGAGCACGUCGUUGUCACCGACACACCAGGGUGGUGGUGUGACUUCCACGCAUGUGACACCCCGGCCGUCGUGAAAAGUGAGAUCGUCCGCAGUGUCAAGCUCAGCCACCCCGGACCAAACAUUUUCCUUCUGGUCAUCAAAUUGGACUCUGCAUUUACUGAGAAGCGCAGAAGGGCUGUUCAAGAGCACCUCGAGCUGCUUGGAGAGGCUGCAUGGCUCCACACCUCUAUCGUGUUCACAAAAGGAGAACAGUCUGGCGCAGCAAUAGAAGACCGCAUCAAGAGGGGAGGAAGGCCACUGCAGUGGGUCCUUGACAAAUGUGGCAACAGGUAUCAUGCUGUUGACAUCAACAACAGAAAUGGGUACAGCAUACAAACUACUGCACAUCUGCUGGGCAGGAUAAAACAGAUGAUGGGUGCAAGUGGUGUCUUCAAUUUUGAAAUGGAACAGCGCACUCUACAGGAAAUUGAGAACCGUAGGAAGGCAUUAUUGCUGAGAGCUCAAAAGCGCCUGGUGACAGCAAACCCACCAAAGCACAUCUACAAUGGUCUCACAAAAGCCAUGGACAGACUGAACCUGGUUUUAUUGGGUGCACAUGGAUCGGGAAAGAGCUCUGUGGGAAACACCAUCCUGUCCGGGCAGGGUGAGUUUGACCGGACGAGACGUACAGCAUGCUGUGUCACCAAAGCAUGCAGAGUGGCAGGACGACAGGUGACGGUGAUGGACACGCCGGGCUGGUGGAUGAACUACUUCAUCCAAGACUCUCCAGCAUCCGUGAAACAGGAGAUGGUGCGCAGCGUGCACCUCUGUCCACCCCCUGGUCCACAUGGCCUGGUGCUGGUGGUACGUGUGGACAAGGCCUUCACUGAGACGUAUGCCAGGGCUUUGUAUGAACACGUGGAGCUCCUUGGAGGAAACGUUUGGAACCACACCAUCGUUGUGUUCUCUUUUGGUGACUGGCUGGGAGACACAACGAUCGAGUAUUACAUUGAGAGUGAGGGGAGAGCGCUACAGUGGCUCAUUAGGCAGUGUGGCAAUAGGUAUCAUGUCUUCAACAACAAGAGCAAAGGGGACGGAUUUCAAGUCGCUGUGAUGCUGCAGAAGAUUGAAGACAUGGUGAUAGGUAAUGGAGGCCGCCAUUACAAGACAGAUGACAGGAUCUUCAUGGAACUGGAGAGGAACAAGAGGACUCAGGAGGAGGAAGCCAACAAUAGAGUCAAGAAGGUGAAGAAACAAAGAAAAGUGCUGAGAUCCCUGGUUGAGGUGAUCAAAGUUCCCCCUGAGCUCAUAAUCACAUUACUAGGAGAGAGACAUUCCGGCAAAAGCUUCACUGGAAACACAAUCCUCAACUGUGAAGAGUUUGACGUGUGUGGCCAACAAGACACUGAUUUGGUUGAAAUAAGGGGUAGGGUGACUGACAGAGAUGUAACAGUUGUCAAAGUUCCAAAAUGGAAUUCUUUGAAUCUAAAGAAGUUUGACUUCACUAAGAAACUGUCAUUACACAGCUCAGGGAAUGGAGUCAUCCUGUUGGUGAUCAACUGCAGUUCUUCAUUUCGCAAUGUUGAACUUCAAGCCACAAUGGCACGUCUAUCUACACUCGGGGGGAUGCUGUGGGACCAUGCCAUGGUUCUGUUUACCCACGGAGACUGGUUAGGAGACACCACUGUGGAACAGCACAUCGAGAGUGAAGGGGAACCCCUCAAGAAGCUGAUCGAGAACUGUGGGAACCGGUACCAUGUCCUGAACAACAAGAACCGAGCUGACAGAGGUCAGGUCUUAGAGCUGAUGGAGAAAAUUGAAGAGAUGGUUGUGUUGCUGAGGCUUGAGGAACAAAAGCAUAAGGAUGUGGUCGAUGCAAGUGUCAUGGGACUUUCACCAGGGUCAGACUCAGAAACGUUGGAGACAAGCACCAGUGGUGGACCAAAUGAGGGCAUAUCAAUUUCCCAAGAAAGUUGUCCAAUGAAAAGUGGAGAAGCGUUCCAUCCCGUGCAGCUGCCAGAGUCUGCAGAUAUAUCCGACAUGGCGCAUGCUGCCACUCAAAGGGCCGAUGGACCACCUGGAUCUCCUUGUGAACAAUACACGUUGCCACAAUGGGGGAGCUCUGUGGUGAUGUCAAGGGGCGGUCACACUUCAGUGGAUGCACAGAUUCGUGGUGGGUGGCGGUGGGUCUCUGCAAAUGGCGGGCGACGCGUGCUGGUGGUGAACGCUCCAGAGUGGCUGUGCUCUACUGGGGCCGCCUCUGGGGGUCACCCUGCGUGGAGGGGACCAAACAGUUGGUGCCCAGUCUCGUCUUCACACAGUGGACCUGGGUGGCUAGUGAUCAUGCCACUGCCACCACAGCAAAGACAACAGCACAUGCUGCUUGGGGGAGAGCAGGCUGUUUACCACGAACAGGCAACUGACUAUGCUACCAGCGCGUCAUCUUUUACACACCAGUAUGACGGGAGAGGUCUGAAGGAGUCUGUGAGGUCAGGUAGCCUGCAACAACUGAUAGACGACUGGGGGGACAGUAACAUCGAGGAGCUGGAAGCGUUCAUUGACUCCUACUUGGACAUGGUCUUGAAGGACUCGUUAGAAUCUGCCUUGGCAGCAGAGCAGAACGACCCCAGCUCCGUCAGCGACGGCAACUCAGAGAAGCAAAUGUGCGUAGUGGAUGCCUGCCAUGAGGUUCUGACCUCCAUAGACAGGAAGCUGUCUAAGCUUGGCAUGCUGGAGAAGAUGCAGAGGGACCUGGAGGAGCUGAAACAGACUUCUGAGCAGAGCAGAACAUCCAAUAAACAAUCCAGUAAACAAACCACAGACUGCUCAAUUGACAGUCUGAGCAACAAAUUUGAGGAGAACACUUGAGGAGUAAUAAAGAAUAUUGACCCUUCAGUCUUCAUGCAA